GACCGUCCAAGACGUCGGGAAAAUGCGAUGAGUCUGAAAGAGAAAAAUAAUUUCAUGACAAUCAGUCCGCAGAAAUGUAGAAAUUGAUUCAGAGAUUUGCAGGCAAAGCUUUUAGUGUGCAAAACUGAAACAUAAUUGGGAGUGAAUGAUAUUGUCUUAUUGAGAAAGAGUGCUGCCAAUACAAUGGGCAGCAAAACUUUGUUUAAAUGGUCGAAGCAAAUCACGACUUCCCAAGUUGAGCAGCUGAUAAAAGCUGAAAAGGACAUACAGAAAGCUAUUCUCAUAUUUGAUUCCGCAACAGCCGAGUACACCAAUGGCUUCCGGCAUGAUCACACCACCUUUGGUCUCAUGGUCGCCAGAUUAGUCUCCGCGAACCAGUUCAGGUCAGCCGAGGCGUUACUUGAUAAGAUGAAGGAGGAGAAAUGUUGUGUUACAGAAGAUAUAUUCCUCUCUGUUUGCAGAGGAUAUGGCCGUGUUCACAGGCCACUGGAUGCUGUCAGGGUCUUCCACAAAAUGGAGGACUUCCAGUGCAGACCAACCCAGAAAUCUUACAUUACCAUACUUGGCAUUCUUGUUGAAGAAAACCAGUUAAAGAUUGCUUUCAGGUUCUACAAGUAUAUGAGAGAAACGGGCAUUCCAGCUAGCGUUGUGUCGCUUAAUAUUUUGAUCAAAGCCCUUUGUAAGAACAGUAGUUCCAUGGAUGCAGCUCUUCGAAUAUUUCGUGAGAUGCCCAAUCAUGGGUGCACCCCAGAUUCAUAUACAUAUGGUACUUUGAUUAAUGGAUUGUGUAAGUUAGGAAAGAUUGGUGAAGCAAAAGAGCUCUUCAAUGAAAUGGAAACAAAAGGUUGUUUGCCCUCUGUUGUUACGUAUUCUUCCUUGAUACACGGCUUAUGCCAAUCCAACAAUUUGGAUGAAGCUGUGGGAUUGUUUGAACACAUGAAAACCAAAGGUAUUACUCCAAAUGUCUUUACUUACAGCUCUUUGAUGGAUGGAUUUUGCAAGGGUGGGCGUUCUUCACAAGCAAUGGAACUAUUAGACUUAAUGGUUUGUAAGCGCCAUAGGCCAAACAAUAUCACUUAUAGUACUUUGCUUCAUGGACUCUGUGAAGAAGGAAAGCUUCAAGAAGCUUUGGAGAUUCUAGACAGGAUGAAGCUUCAAGGCUUGAAACCAGAUGCAGGGCUGUAUGGGAAAGUAAUUAGUGGCCUUUGCAACAUUUGCAAGUUCCAGGAAGCUGCAAACUUUCUUGAUGAGAUGGUCCUUGGAGGAGUUUCACCUAACAGACUAACUUGGAGCCUUCAUGUAAGGAUUCAUAAUGCAGUGGUCCAGGGCUUGUGUAGUAGCGGCAAUCCAAAUCGAGCUUGUCAGCUGUAUCUUAGCAUGCGUUCCAGGGGUAUCUCCAUAUACAUGAAGACAUUUGAUACUCUAGUGAAGGGUAUCUGUAAAAAAGGGGACCUGCACAAAGCUUAUCGAAUUGUUGAUGAGAUGGUGCUUGAUGGAUGUGUUCCGGAUGAGGGAAUAUGGAGUUCCAUGGUGGAUGGGUUUUGGAAUCGCAGGAAGGUGCGUGAACCUGCUGAGUUGUUGCAGGCUGAGCUGAUGAGCGAAAUAGUUGAGCCUGAAACAUAAAUCUGAAAGUUUUGAGCUAGUAAGUGCUCUUAUACACGUUUCAUUUAUUUUCUUUCUGGUCAUGAAAGUUUGUUCACCACAUUGCCUUUUCUUUUUUUUUUAUGAAAUUAUAAGUUAAUGGCCCAAAAUACGACUACUUACAUGGCACAUGAUUUAUAAAGCACUUGCUUAGUAUAAUGUCGUUGGUAACUGUCCAUAGUGGAUUUAACCAUAAACGUUGGUAACUGUAGCGCUGGAAAUGGUUUUUCUGUAUAUUAACCAUGAAAUAUAUUUGGUUGA